GCCGACGUCCUUUUGAUAUCGCACGUUGUCGAUACACGGCGCGGUUGUGGGUUUCGUACGAGAAUAUGAAACGACGAUCUCCCGAGUUGCGAUAGUCUGGGAACUUUCGAACACGUCGAAGUUUGCGAAUUAGAUGUAUCAAACAUGCGGCGUUUGGAUCUUCGAGUUUUUGUUCACCUCGCUUCGAUUUUACUACACGUAGAGGUCAUGGCUUCACUUGACAUCAAGCGUUGCAAUGAGCCGCUGGGCAUGGAAUCUGGGAAAAUUCCAGACGAAGCCAUCACGGCCAGCAGUUCGUACGUUCCAAACGUGGGACCUCGCAAUGGCAGGUUGCGGGUGGAAAGAGCUGGAGGGGGAUGGUGUCCCAAGCAGCAAGUCGAGAAAGGUAUUCGGGAGUACAUUCAGGUGGACUUGGGGGACAUUCACGUAAUCACCGGUGUACAAACUCAGGGUCGUUACGACAGAGGUAGAGGUCAAGAGUAUGUGGAGGAGUACCUCCUGGAAUAUUGGAGGCCGGGUUUGGAAGAGUGGAAGGAGUACAAGCGUUGGGACGGCAAGCAUAUUUUAAGAGGCAACAGCGACACAGCGUCAGUGGAGAGUCACCGUCUGAUGCCUACCAUAUUCGCGAGCAAGAUAAGACUCCUGCCUUACAGCAUUCAUAGGCGGACCGUGUGUUUAAGAAUGGAGCUUACCGGUUGCCCUUACACGGGAGGGAUCAUCUCCUAUAGCGUUCCUGCGAGUUCCGAAGUCUCCCAGGGACUGUAUGAUAGCAACUACGAUGGACACCGUUCUCAAGGAAUGCUUUUCAAAGGUCUCGGACGUUUGGUUGACGGAGAAGUUGGCCUUGAUAAUUUUCGCGUGGAUAUAGGCUACGGCAAGGGGAACGGUUGGGUGUCAUGGAAAAACGAUUCUUUCGAGUCCGAUUACGUCGAACUGGUUUUUGAAUUCGAUCAGGUUAGAAAUUUCAGCGCGGUACAUCUGUACACCAACAAUUUUUUCGGAAGGAACGUCCAGGUAUUCUCAAAGGCGAAAGUGAUGUUCAGCGUCGGCGGUCGUUUUUACAACGGACCGAUCCUCUCGUACACUUACAUCGCCGACAGGGUGUUGGAGAACGCUCGCAACGUUACCAUCAAUCUUCAUCAGCGGCUGGCCCGUUUCAUUAAGCUCCGUUUGUUUUUCGCAGACCAGAGAAUGAUGAUCAGCGAAGUUGUAUUUGACUCGGUGCCCGCUUCGUUGAACGUUACGGAAGAAGAGGCCCUCGAUCUAGUCGAAAACGAGCUUAUCGUCACCUCGGGGGAUGAUAAAAUCCCGGGACCUUUCGAAACAAUUGCUGCUCGACAAGAAGGAGACGCUUAUGUAGAAGUGAUCAUAGGAGUGCUGACGGCCAUCAUGCUACUACUGUUGAUCGUGUUCGUCGUCAUCUUAAUCAUAAACAAACGCCACAAGCUGCAGGGCUCACCGACGAUCCUGAGAAACCCGUUCGGAAUGAAAAUCAACAUGAAGGAUCUCUUGAUGAACUUCUCCACGAGUCAGCCGUCAGCGCCGAGCCGUCCUAUAACGCCGAUGAGUCACCACGACCCCACCAUGGAUCCCGUACCCAUGACCUACGAGGAAUAUAGGUCGUCACUGGUCGGGAAUUACUGCCCCCCAAAUUAUUCGACACUGAGGUGUUCUGCUAACAUCGACGAACCCGACGAGGAGACGGACGAAGCGGCCCCCGAAGUGCCGCCGCUGCCUGACUCGCCGGAUUUCCUCGAAUCGCCGCCCAACCAGAGCAACGGGACACCUCUACACUACAGGAGUUUGCAGAGCACGCCUACGAUGAGCCCGAAGUCGAAGAUGAUUAAUCUGGGAAAUUAUUUUCCCAGAGCUCCCGUCGACCCGGCGGAUAGAAAACGAUAUCACACCGCGCCGAGGGAAAAACACAGGGUGUCGCCACCUAUAGUCUGCUGGAAUAUCGUCCCCAGUAUGGGCCACCCAUACAACUGCAAGGAGGUCGAAUUGGUUCCCAUUUCGAGGUACUCGCUGAGGCCCGUCGAAAAGUUGGGCACUUGUCACGCCGGUGACAUAUCGCUUUAUGAAACGGAGGAUCUGGAUGACGCAACAUCAGGGGUUUCCCGACUGGUAGCAGUGAGAACUUCCAAUCCAGAGAGGCUUAAAGGGGACUCUAUCGAAGGUUUAAGAGAAGCUAGCUUCCUAGCAGGUUUGAACGAUACCAACAUAUGUAAAGUCCUGGGGGUUUGUACGACAGAACAGCCUCCAUGGACAGUGAUAGAGUACGGAGAGAUGGGGGACCUUUGCCAGUACCUGCAGUUCCUGGUAAACAGGAACGGGAGUAUCAGACCUGCGGAGGGCCAUCCUAUCAGCGCAGGGAGUCUGGUGUACAUGGCGACCCAAAUCGCUUCGGGGAUGAAAUACUUGGAGUCCAAACACGUCGUCCACAAAGACCUAGCGGCAAGAAAUUGUCUCGUUGGGCGUGGAUAUGUCGUAAAAAUCGCCGACAUGGCGAUGUGUAAGUUGCAAUACAGGAAAGACUACGCCGAAAUAGGAGGACGACCUCCAGCACCCAUCAGGUGGCUUCCAUGGGAGAGUAUACUGCUUGAUAGAUAUUCGUGCUGGAGUGCCGUGUGGGCAUUCGCGGUGACCUUCUGGGAAAUUUUAAAUUUCUGCUGUGAACGCCCGUUCGCAAACUUAUCGAACGAUAAGGUCAUCCAGAAUGCUGAGCAUAUGUACUACGGUGGCGAGCUACAGGUACUUCUAAAUAAGCCUCCCCAUUGUUCCACGGACAUCUACGACCUGUUGUGUUCCUGUUGGAGAAGAGAUGACACCGACAGGCCAACCUUUAAAACGAUUUAUUCAUUUUUGAAGCGAAUCAAUAAGGAUUACAUUCCCACGGACUGA